AUGAGCCAGCACCAUUUAACGGCAGAUGUUUACCACGCGUACCAAAUAGUCAAAUCGCAUGGCAUACCUGAGAAAAAUAUUAUCGUUUUCCACUACGAUGACAUUGCUCAUAAUAAGGUUAACCCUACACCGGGUAUUGUAGUCAACACACUCGGUGGACCCGAUGUCUAUCAAGGAGUACCCAAGGAUUAUACCGGGAUUGAUGUCAACCCAGAAAACUUUGUGGGCGUACUUAUGGGCGAUAAGACGCUAAAAGAAAAUAACAAAAAAGUGCUGGAAAGUGGGCCCAAUGACCAUGUUUAUAUCUAUUUCGUUGACCAUGGUGACGAGGAUGUAAUUGGAUUCCCGACCGACUAUUUGUAUGGGGAGGAGCUGAAUGUGGCCCUCAAAUAUAUGCACCAAAACAACAUGUUUGCCAAAUUGGUGUUUAAUAUGGAAACGUGUCACUCGGGUAUGGGACCUAGUUGCUAA